AUGAUUCAAGACUUUAACUGGAAUCUCUCAGGGCUUAAUAAACGAGAAUUCACUGCCUACGCAAACCUUCUUGCACUCCGAAAUGAUGGACAAGUCGAGCCAGUCUCCUUGGGCACUGAGCUGUCUGACAAGAAUGAGUCUACUACCAACAGCGAUGCGAUUAGUAUAGACACAAGCUAUUAUGACCAGAUCUCAGAUUCAGGAUAUCAUCAAUUGAGAACAAAGUUCCUGGAUUGCCUAGCGGAAUUGACUGCUAAUAGAAAAGGCGGCAAAUAUGUUGCAUGUUCUAACUUGCCCAAUCGAAUAGUCGAGGAGGUACUUUGGAAUGAAAUGUUGGCGUAUUAUGAAGACCGUCUCGAAGACACUUAUAUUCCGAACCUGAGGUUGAGCCUCAAGAAUUGCAACACCGUAUUCAACGAUGACAAUAACGAUAAGUUCGCUAGAGCACGUAACGAACUCUCGGUCCUUCAAAAUCAGACCUUUGCUACGCUAGAGGCGGGUCAGAGGUUGAUCGACAGACAUGGCACGCUUGUCACAAAAGCAUAUGAAUUACGAAAAAGCAAGGUCGUCGAGGAGUUUCUCCAAACAUCUCCGAAAUCUACGAAACAAACUAGAAAACUGUGGAUUGAUAUGUUUUUCUCGGGAGGCUUCGAGUCAUAUUUGAGAAAUUCGAAGAGGAUACCGCAAAAGGCGCUCAAGGGUGCACUCAAGCUAAGAGAGGCCUUGAAUCUCCUUGGUCUCCCGACCGACACCUUGACAGUCGCAACUGUGAUCAGGCCAAGCUGGACUGUUGCCAAGGCUGAGCGGGAGUACGGGAAGUUGCAAAAUCAGGCACUUAACAUACAUGCUGAGAUUAAAUGGUUCUGUUUUUGA